UUAGGGAGGGGUUCUUAGAGUCAAAAUUCGAACACAAGCUUUAUGAGUAAAGCUGUUUUUAAAACCUAAACAAAGGCAAAUAUAUUUGUGACCUGAACUGAUUGAACAGCGGAACCUUUGCGUCAACAAAACUGGCGGACCUGUUAACAAUGACGGACUUCAUAUUUUACCUUCGCAACCUCACACUAUUGGCAAAGUUUUAUCUUCAUAAAUCAGGUAUGCCCGGUCUUUCCAAUUAUGCACUGCGCAUGUCCCGGUUGAGCGCCCAGAUCUUCGGGAAUGUUGUGCGUACCACAGACUCCAGAUCCAUGAAGGUGGUUGAUCUGUUCCGGGAGCCUCCCUUCGCCAAGAAGAAGGAUGUGUAUGACUGGUACCCACUACAUAAUGUUUACUACGCCAUGACCAAGAAGCUCAGGUUCAUGGGAUUAUUCAGGGAUGAGCAUGAGGAUUUCAAAGAGGAGAUGCGUCGCCUGAGGAAGCUGCGAGGGAAAGGCGUACCAAAGAAGGGAGAGGGCAAGAGAGCAACCAAGAAGAAAUGAGCCGCAACAUUCAUGCCUAAAACAGGACUAUUCACACAGUCAUUUGUUUUAUGCUGUGACUUCAUCAACAAGUUUGUUAAUGGUUAUGAAAAGGAAAAUGCUGAUUACAGUAAAAAAUAAACAAUGAGUCCCUUUUGUAAAUGUUUUCUGCGGCAAAAAAAAUGUGGUGUUUGUUUUCCAUCCAUCCAUCUUCUGCUUAUCUGAGGUCGGGUCGCAGGGUCAGCAGCAUAGGCAGAGAGGCCCAGACUUCCCUCUCCCCAGCCACUUUGUCCAGCCGGAAGACAUAGUUUCCCCAAGCUGUCAUGGGUCUUCCUUGUGGCCUCCUACUGGUCGGACGUGUCCUAAACACUGUCCUAGGGAGGCGUUCGGGGGAAUCUCCUCAUCUGGCUCCUCGAUGUGGAGGAGCUCCAUUACUUUGAGCUCCUCCCGAAUGAAUGGUUUGUUUCACCAUACAAAAAUGUUUCAUGAAGAAAUGAUGCUGUACUUUACAUUUGUUUUUGUAAAUAUAAAACAUUCAUGGACAAAUAUUUUGUAUCAUUAAAAAUAAAAGUAAAACUAAAUACUGAUGUAU